GCUGCCUUGCGCUCGCACACACGGACAACGCAACUCCGCCGAGUUUUGACAGGACAGCAACAAAAGUCAGGAGCGCAGAGCUGGCUUUGAACAGCGUAUUUAUUUCAUGGAGGCUGCUCACAGCGGGAUCUAAGCUCCGCCAGAGUGGUUAAGGGAACAAACACACCAGGAAAGAAAAGGAUCUGGCUCUCCAAUUUCUGCAGCAGAUUACAAAGGCCAGGCAGACCUAAGACUCUCUCAGCCUUGAAAGGGAACCAGGCACCACAAUGGGACUCCCCAGCUGGGUCUUGGCCUGUGCCAUCCUCGCUUUGCUGUCCCAGCACGUCACUGGGGGACUCAUCAAGAGAAUUAUCCGGCAGAAGAGGGAGGCUGGGCUGAACGUGACCUUGCCAGAGGAUAACCAGCCUGUGGUGUUCAACCAUGUCUACAACAUUAAGCUGCCCGUUGGCUCCCUCUGCUCCGUGGACCUGGACACGGCCAGUGGCGACGCCGACCUGAAGGCGGAAAUUGAGCCCAUCAAGAAUUACGAGGAGCACACGGUGAAUGAGGGGAACCAGAUUGUCUUCACUCACAGGAUUAACAUUCCCCGCCGGGCUUGUGGCUGUGCAGCUGCCCCAGACAUUAAGGAUCUGCUGAGCAGACUAGAGGAGCUGGAGGGGCUGGUCUCCUCCUUGCGGGAGCAGUGUGCCAGCGGGGCUGGAUGCUGUCCUAAUUCCCAGGCAGUAGAAGGUCGCCUGGACACCACACCCUAUUGCAGCGGGCAUGGCAACUACAGCAUCGAGAUCUGCGGCUGCAUCUGUGAGCCCGGCUGGAAGGGCCCCAACUGCAGCCAAGCCUCGUGUCCCUCCGACUGCAACGACCAGGGCAAGUGCGUGGACGGGCUGUGCGUGUGCUUCGAGGGCUACACAGGCCCGGACUGCAGCCAGGAGCUCUGCGGCCAGGGCUGCGGCCCCCACGGGCGCUGCGUGGGCGGGCAGUGCGUGUGCCACGAGGGCUUUGUGGGUGACGACUGCAGCGUGCCCCUGUGUCCCCACAACUGCCACGGCCGCGGGCGCUGCGUGGACAGCGAGUGCGUGUGCGAUGAGGGCUACACCGGCGAGGACUGCAGCGAGCUCAUCUGCCCCAACGACUGCUUCGACCGCGGGCGCUGCGUGAACGGCACGUGCUUCUGCGAGGAGGGGUUCACCGGGGAGGACUGCGGGGAGCUCACCUGCCCCAACGACUGCCAUGGCAACGGGCGCUGUGAGAAUGGGCUGUGCGUGUGCCACGAGGGCUUUGUGGGCGACGACUGCAGCGACAGGAGGUGCCCCAACGACUGCCACCACCGCGGGCGCUGCGUGGGCGGGCAGUGCGUGUGCCACGAGGGGUUCCUGGGCGAGGACUGCGGGGAGCUGCGGUGUCCCAAUGACUGCCACAACCGCGGGCGCUGCGAGAACGGGCAGUGCGUGUGCCACGAGGGCUUCAUCGGGGAGGACUGCGGAGAGCUGCAGUGUCCCAAUGACUGCCACAACCGUGGGCGGUGCGAGAACGGGCAGUGCGUGUGCCACGAGGGCUUCACGGGCGAGGACUGUGCCGAGCUGCGGUGUCCCAAUGACUGCCACAACCACGGGCUGUGCGUCAACGGGCAGUGCGUGUGCCACGAGGGCUACACGGGCGAGGACUGUGGGGAGCUGCGCUGCCCCCACGACUGCCACCACCGCGGGCGCUGCGUGGAGGGGCACUGCGAGUGUGACAACGGCUUCACCGGGGACCACUGCGGCGAGCUGGCCUGCCCCAACAACUGCCACGGGCGUGGGCGCUGCGUCGACGGGCGCUGUGUGUGCCACGAGGGAUUCGUGGGUGAGGACUGCCGGGAACGCUCCUGCCCCAAUGACUGCAACAAUGCGGGGCGCUGCGUGGACGGGCGCUGUGUCUGCGAGGAUGGCUACAUCGGGGAUGACUGCUCCGAUGUGUCUCCUCCAACUGAGCUGACUGUGACCAACGUGACGGAUAAAACUGUCAAUCUGGAGUGGAAGCAUGAGAACCUCGUCAACGAGUACCUCAUCACCUACGUCCCCACCAGCAGUGGGGGCUUGGACAUGCAGUUCACUGUGCCAGGAAACCACACAGCUGCCACCAUCCAUGAGCUGGAGCCAGGCGUGGAGUACUUUAUCCGUGUCUUUGCAAUCCUUAAAAACAAGAAGAGCAUCCCAGUCAGCGCCAGGGUAGCCACAUAUCUGCCUGCUCCAGAAGGUCUGAGAUUCAAAUCUGUUUGGGAAACAUCCGUCCAGGUGGAGUGGGACCCUCUGAACUUUUCUUUUGAUGGCUGGGAGCUCGUCUUCCAUGAUAUGAAAAAGGAUGAUAAUGGGGACAUAACCAGCAGCUUGAAAAGGCCAGAGACAUCCUACAUGCAGCCAGGUUUGGCACCUGGGCAACAGUACAAUGUGUCCAUCCAUAUAGUGAAGAACAACACCAGAGGACCAGGACUGUCCAAAGUCAUCACCACAAAGCUUGAUGCCCCCAGCCAGGUGGAGGCCAAAGACAUCACCGACACCACGGCUCUCGUCACCUGGUCCAAACCCUUGGCUGAAGUUGAAGGUGUAGAGCUCACUUAUGGCCCCAAGGACAUUCCAGGGGACAGGACAACCAUUGACCUCUCUGAAGAUGAGAACCAAUAUUUCAUUGGCAACCUGAGGCCACACACAGAGUAUGAAGUGACGCUCGUCUCUCGUCGAGGGGACAUGGAAAGCGACCCUGUGAAGGAAGUUUUUGUCACAGACCUGGAUGCUCCCAGGAACCUGAAGAGGGUGUCCCAGACUGACAACAGCAUCACCCUGGAGUGGAAGAACAGCCACGCCAAUGUCGACAAUUACAGAAUUAAGUUUGCCCCCAUCUCUGGUGGGGACCACGUGGAGAUUGCGGUGCCCAAGGGCAGCCAGGCCACAACCAGAGCUACACUCACAGGUUUGAGGCCUGGAACUGAAUAUGGCAUUGGAGUGACAGCAGUGAGGAACGACAGGGAAAGUGCUCCUGCCACCAUCAACGCUGGCACUGAUCUUGAUAACCCCAAGGACUUGGAAGUCAGUGAGCCCACUGAGACCACCUUGUCCCUUCACUGGAGAAGGCCGGUGGCCAAGUUCGACCGCUACCGCCUCGUUUACAGCGGAGCCUCGGGGAAGAAGAGCGAGGUGGAGAUCCCUGUGGACAGCACCUCCUUCCUGCUGCAGGGGCUGGAUCCAGGCACCGAGUACACCAUCAGCCUGCUGGCAGAGAAGGGCAGGCACAAAAGCAAACCCACCACUGUCAAGGGUUUCACGGAGGAGGAACCCGAGCUGGGAGCAUUUUCAGUAGCAGAGACUGGCUGGGAUGGUUUCCAGCUCACCUGGACAGCAGCUGAGGGUGCCUAUGAGAGCUUUGUCAUUCAGGUGCAGGAGUCUGGGCAGCCCGAAGAGAGGAGGAAUGUCACAGUGCCGGGGGGCCUGAGCUCUGCCAAUGUCACCGGCCUCAAGGCCAACACUCCUUACACCAUCACCCUUCAGGGGGUCGCUCGGGGCUACAGGACCAAGCCCCUUUCUCUUGAGACCACCACAGGAGAGCAGCCCGGCGUUGCUGAGCUAAUGGUCUCCGACAUUACCCCCGAAAGCUUCAACCUCUCCUGGACAGCCUCCAACGGGGACUUUGACGUCUUUACCAUUGAAAUUAUUGAUUCUAACAGGUUGCUGGAGCCCAUGGAGUUCAACCUCUCAGGCGACUCAAGGACUGCUCAUAUCUCAGGGCUUUCUCCCAGCACUGAUUUCAUUGUCUACCUCUCCGGGAUCUCUCGCGGGUUCCACACACAGGCAAUCAGUGCUGCAGCUACCACAGAAGCAGAACCCGAGGUGGACAACCUUCUGGUUUCAGACGCGACUCCAGAUGGAUUCCGUCUCUCCUGGACUGCGGAUGACGGGGUUUUCAACAGUUUUGUUCUAAAAAUCAGGGACACCAAAAGGAAAUCUGACCCCCUGGAGCUGAUAGUGCCAGGCCACGAGCGCACCCAGGAUAUCACAGGGCUGAAAGAGGGCACUGAAUAUGAGAUUGAGCUCUAUGGAAUUAGCAGUGGACAACGUUCCCAGCCUGUAAACACAGUAGCAUCCACAGUGGUUGGCUCUCCCAAGGGAAUUUCUUUCUCUGACAUCACGGAAAAUGCUGCCACAGUCAGCUGGAUCCCCCCUCGCUCCCGCGUGGAAAACUUCCGCAUCUCCUACAUCCCCGUCACGGGAGGUACUCCAAAUGUUGUCACAGUCGAAGGGAGCAAGACAAGGACCAAGCUGGUGAAGUUGGUCCCAGGUGUGGACUACAAUGUCAGCAUCAUCUCUGUGAAAGGCUUUGAAGAAAGCGAGCCCGUCUCUGGCACCCUGAAAACAGCUCUGGACAGCCCAUCAGGCCUGGUAGUGGUGAACAUCACAGACUCUGAGGCUCUGGCAACCUGGCAGCCAGCAAUUGCUGCUGUGGAUAACUACGUGGUGUCCUACUCCUCUGAGGAAGAGCCAGAAGUGACUCAGAUGGUCUCGGGGAACACGGUGGAGUACGACCUGAAGGGUCUCCAGCCUGCCACCGAGUACACGCUGAGCAUCCACGCGCAGAAGGACGCGCAGAGGAGCGAGAGCCUCUCCACCCACUUCACCACAGGGCUGGAUGCUCCAAGGGAUUUGAGUGCUGCUGAGGUGCAGUCAGAAGCUGCUGUGAUAAACUGGAGGCCUCCCCGUGCUCCAGUCACUGGCUAUCUCCUCAUCUAUGAAUCCAUCGAUGGCAGCGUCAAGGAAGUCAUCCUAGACCGUGGGACAAGUUCCUACAGCCUGGCAGAGCUGAGCCCCUCCACGCAGUACACGGUGAAACUGCAGGCCCUGAGUGGGGCCCUGAGGAGCAAAAUGAUCCAGACCAUCUUCACCACCACUGGGCUCCUCUAUCCCUACCCCAAGGACUGCUCCCAGGCCCUGCUGAAUGGAGAAGCCACCUCUGGGCUCUACACAAUUUACCUGAACGGGGACAAGGCUCAGCCUCUGCAAGUGUUCUGUGACAUGGGCGAGGAUGGGGGCGGAUGGAUCGUGUUCCUGAGGCGUCAGAAUGGAAAGCAAGAUUUCUACAAGAACUGGAAUACUUACGUGGCAGGGUUUGGAGAUCCUAAGGAUGAAUUCUGGAUAGGUCUGGAGAACCUGCACAAAAUCACUUCUCAGGGCCAGUACGAGCUGCGGGUGGACCUGAGGGACAAGGGGGACGCGGCCUACGCGGUGUACGACCGCUUCAGCGUGGGCGAUGCCAAGAGCCGCUACCGCCUGCGGGUGGACGGCUACAGUGGCACGGCAGGUGACUCCAUGACCUACCACAACGGGAGGUCCUUCUCCACCUUUGACAAGGACCAUGAUUCUGCCAUCACCAACUGUGCUCUGUCAUACAAAGGAGCUUUCUGGUACAAGAACUGUCACCGAGUCAACCUGAUGGGCAGAUAUGGUGACAACAGCCACAGUCAGGGCGUCAACUGGUUCCACUGGAAGGGCCAUGAGUAUUCCAUCCAGUUUGCAGAGAUGAAGCUGAGACCCUCCAGCUUCCGGAACCUGGAGGGGCGGCGGAAGCGAGCGUAGAGCCCCGGGGGGCUGCGGGCAGGGGCUGGGGAGGGGAUGGAGAGGGG